AUGGCUUCCAACAAGACCAUCAUUCUCGUCACCGGGGCCAGCAGCGGAAUUGGUUACGAAACUGUUGCUGCUCUAUCAACUACGUCGGCCGAUUUUCACAUCCUACUCGGCAGCCGCUCCGUAGAAAAGGGCCAAAAGGCUUUGGAUGAGUUACAGUCGACUCGCGGGAGCUCUUUAAAAGGUCCAAUAUCCGUGAUUCAGAUCGACGUGACCGACCAAAAAACCAUCGACGCGGCUAGAAAGCAAAUUGAAACUCAGCUUGGAAAGCUGGAUGUGUUGAUAAACAACGCUGGUAUUCUAAUCUAUCAACCGAUGGACCAACUAACCGCUCUCCGCGAGACUUUCGAGACCAACCUGUUUGGUCAGGUGAUGGUGACAGAAGCACUAGAGCCACUCUUAAAGAAAUCGGCGAAUCCCUACAUAAUCUACGUAUCCUCGGAGCAGGGCUCAGUGACGUCUCGACUGGACCCGGAAUACGAGUACCGAAACAUCCGCGGGGACUCUUACCGCAUGUCCAAGGCGGCGCUCAAUAUGUUGGCGGCUUGCCACCGAUUCAAUUUCGCCGAGUGGGGUUGCAAGGUUCUCGCGUUCAACCCCGGCUGGUGCGUCAGUAACUUGACCGGCGAGAAAGGUCGCGAGAUGCGUCUCAAAGGGGGUGCCAGAGACCCCAAGGAACCGGCCGCAGCUCUGGCGGAUAUCGUCCUAGGGAAGAGGGAUGCUGACAUUGAGAAGAAUGGGAUGGUGGAUCUUGACGGAGGUAUUUUGCCCUGGUAA